UUAUUCAUGAUUCCUUCUGAACGGUGGAAGAUACCUAAAUCAUGCUAGUAAUAUGGAUGUCCAUACUGUGUUCUGCUUCUUUAAUGUCAGUGUUGUACAUGUAUCAAUUGUUUUCUUUGUAUCUUUGAUUGAGAGAAAAAAACCAUUGCCUCUGCCUGCUGAGUGCUUUGUUAUGUGUGAAUGCGUGGAGUGAAGUGUGGAUUACUGUGGAAUCAUUAGAUUCCAUGGUGACUCUAUUUUCGUGGAAUUCGGGGACACCUCUUAUCCACGAAUUAUCAUCCUCCACGAAGUAAUGAAUUGGGGUUCUAUAGUCUUUUUCCUUUGAUACAAUUAGAUUAAGAUUUCAACGGAAAAUAUGGGAUUUAAAUGGAACAUAUAUGUGCUAAUUAUUGGUGUAGCUGUUGUAUAUUUCACCAAGAUAUAUCAAGUCGGAGAGGAGACAGUUUCUUUGAAUACUACCUAUGAUUACAUCAUAUUGGGUGCAGGGUCUGCUGGAUGCGUUCUUGCAAACAGGCUUUCGGAAGAUCCCAAAUCUUCAGUGCUCAUCAUAGAAGCUGGAGGUUCCGAAGAUGACAACUUUAACAUGAGUAUUCCAAUCGCGUCUGGACUGCUUCAGAAAUCAAAACAGGAUUGGAAGUUCCUGACCGUGCCUCAAAAGAAUGCUUGCAUGGCAAUGGUUGAGAAGAGGAGUGCUUGGUCCCGAGGAAAGGUGUUAGGGGGCUCAAGCAGCCUGAACAAUUUGCAGUACGUCCGCGGCAGUCGCCAUGACUACGAUAGAUGGGCCAAGGAAGGGUGUAAGGGGUGGGGUUACAAGGAUGUUCUUCCAUAUUUCAUAAAGUCAGAGGACAUCCAAAUCCCUGAGCUCCAAAACUCAGAAUAUCAUGGAAAGGGAGGCUUUCUAACCGUCAGCGAUGGGACCUCCACCUCUCUCAAUAAGAAUGUGUACGAAGCGGGAAUGGAGGAAAUUGGUCUGUCUAUCACAGACUGUAAUGGGAAGUCACAGAUAGGGUAUUGUAGAUCGCAGGAAACAACCAAAAAUGGAGAGCGGGACAGCACAGCUAAAGCCUUUCUCAGACCAGUCAUGGGCCGCAAAAAUCUACAUGUGUCCAUCAGUUCCUAUGUUACUAAAAUCCUGAUCAAAGACAAAAAAGCAGUGGGGGUAUCAUUUAUCAAAGAUAACAGGAAACAUGUCCUCAUGGCAAAGAAGGAAGUCAUUUUGUCUGCUGGAUCAAUUAAUUCACCACAGAUCCUUAUGCUGUCAGGAAUUGGUCCAAAGAAACACCUAGAGGAAAAAGGGAUUCCUGUUGUAGCUGACUUACCGGUCGGUGAUAAUUUACAAGACCACAUCAUGAUAUUCGUUGACUUCCAUGACAACACUUCAAGCGCAAUCACUAAAGACAAGCUAAUGGCACCCACAAACUUAAUUCAAUACUUUUUAUUCAAGAAAGGUGCCAUGAGCAGGUCACAGAUAGAGGGGACAGCUUUUAUCUCUGAUGAUAAUAACCUUCCUCCAUAUAUGCAGCUACAUUUUUCCAGCAUGAUGUAUGAACCAGAAUUUGCAGCCCUUUUUAUAGAUCUACUGAAUUUUGAGCCAAAGCUUAUUGAAGGAAAACGAUGGGAGUUUCAAAACUAUAAAGACAGAAACAUUGGGACAUUUACCGUCCUACCGAUUCUUGUUCGUCCUAAGAGUAAGGGUACUAUUCGCCUACAGAGUGAUGACCCUUUUGAUCCGCCUCUUAUAGAUCCAAAUUACUUGGAUCACCCAGAUGAUGUCAAAACUAUGCUUAAAGGAAUCCGGAAGGUAUUGAAACUUGGUAAUACAAAAGCCUUUAAGUCAAUUGGUGCAUCUGUCCAGGAUCCACUGGAGGCUUAUACCCCACACUGUGAUGGUUUCCCUAAAGAUUCAGACGAGUAUUGGAUUUGUAGAAUAAAGCACUACACUUUUACAAUUUACCAUUCCACAUCUACAUGCAGAAUGGGGGCUAAAGAUGACCCCACAGCUGUGGUAGACCCAGAACUUAGAGUCAAAGGAAUCCAAAAUCUUCGCGUUGUAGAUGCUUCUGUCAUGCGCGAUGUGCCCUCAGGAAAUACAAACGCCCCGACGAUAAUGAUCGCAGAAAGAGCAGCUGAUAUUAUAAGGAAUAUAGAUAGUGUAAAAUCUUUUAGGGAAAUAACGGAUAAAUUAUAGAAUGCAUACAGAGAAUCCUUGGAUUUUGGAACAGCCGCACUGAAUCAGGAAUGUGAAUUCAACAGAAUGUCAAUGGAAAGUAAUGCUCAGAGAAAAAGGCAGCCCGACCGGCCAUUUUACCUUCCGAAAGGGGACACAACUAGCUCACGAAUUAUCACAGAGGCAAAGGAAUCUCUAAAUAACAGAACGGGACUGCAAGCUGUGGUAACAAAGAGGCCAAGUACACCUAGAGAUGCCACAAGGUCUUUAUUUGGUGCGACAAGCACCAGAGCCCCGGAAAACCGUCCACCAAGUUCUUUCAGUCUUGGAUCUCGUCACUUUGAUGGAGCUGACACAUCACGACCAACUUCCAGGACUCGUUUACAACCCAUCAAUCACAAACCAAAACUCCCAUCAGAAGAGGAAGUAGAAUCAGGGUUACUUCCCCCUAAGCCACCAUCAGACCCCAAUAAAGUCCAAAGAGGGAAGGCCACCAGAACACGUUUACAGCAGUCCACCAGUGUAGAAAGCUCUCUGAGUUCAGAGGUCAAAUCUCGCCAGGAUACCAGUCCCAGUGAUGUUAAGACGGUGGAUGAGCCUGUCAGGAGAGUACACAGUGGCCCCAAGGAGAGGUCCUCGCUCCCGGUGGAGGAGAGGGGGGAGGGAGAUGGACGGGAAAUGCCAUACAGAGCCCCCAGCUCUGCCUCUGUCAGAAGUCCACCAAGAAGUGCUGAGAGUAGGACAGGAAGUGGAGGAACCAAAAGAACCUCCAGUGCUGGAAGUACAGGCAGGGGAGGUUCAGCUGGUAAGCGAGAGGAGGAAACCGCAGAGGAAGCUCUAUUUUACAGUCAGAAUAUUGCUCCACUCCUAGAACGAAUGACAGCAGCCAGUAGCAAGAAAGAUCUAAAGAAACUAGGACAGGUGACAGAGGACCUUUAUUCCCUCCUUCAGAAGGAGAAUUUACUAGGCAGGAAUUGUAAACAACGGACAACCAUACUCAAAUCAAUAUUCAAACUCCUUGAUGCAGAUGACACACGAAUUCAACUCAAACUGGCCAGACUAAUUCUUGCUUUCAAAGUGACAGGAAAUAAUCUUCUAAGUGCUUGCAAACUUGUUUUCAAAAUCAGCAGGAACGAGAAGAAUGACCCUGAGUUUCUCAAAGGAGAUAUUCUUGAUGUAUUAUUGGACACGUUAAAAAGUACCGACCCUUUCAGUGCAAGUGAAGCCUUGGUUUUCUGCAUUGGGUCACUAAAACUCUUAACUGGAAAUGCCACAAUAGUCAAACAGUUAGUCAAAAAAGACUGCAUAGAAAACUUGGCUAUCCUCCUUAACAGUAUUAACAAAACUAUCAGAGAAGGUAGUGAACCCUCAACUCAGCUGGGAAAUAUUCUAGUCCAGGCGACAGCUGCACUGAGGAACCUCGCUGACACGGGCUCCAGCAGGGAACGCCUCCUGGGAUGUCAGGUGAUUGAGGCGCUCUGUCUCAUCAUCGACAGCUUCACCUCAGACGGAGACCUCAUGCUCAACAUUUCCAGGAUAUUCAGCAAGGUGACCUUACACACAGACUGCUGCACGGCCCUGGCUGACCACCCCACCUCCUACAGAUCUUUUGUCAGCAUCCUCCAGAAACAUCAGCACAAGUCGGAUGUGGUAGUGCGGGUCAGUUUCGUCCUGGGUAACAUGACCGCAAAGAACGAGGUGGCCAGACUGAGGCUGUUCCAGGAGGCAGGAUCCUUUGACAUCCUCCUGUCCCUGUUCCGGUUCUACCUGGAGCAGGAUGUCAAGAACCAAGGAAAGGAGACCAAGAAAGAGGUGGCAGAAGAUGGCAGCACCGUCAACAAGACAGAGGAUGUACUGAUAAAGGUCAUCAGGGUCAUAGCCAACCUGUCAAUCAAUGAGAAUGUUGGACCAGUCAUAUGCUCCAACUACCAGUGUGUGGACUUCCUGCUCAAAGUAUUAGAAACUAAAGAGGUUUCCAGUAGUGAAGAACUUGUACUUAAUACCGUAGCAACCAUCAACAAUUUGUCAUUCUACAACACCAAAACCAGUGCCAUAACCACUCUCCAAGUGCGGGUCCUAGAAGUCCUCCUGAAACUCGUGUUGGCCAACAACAUGGAGGCGAUGGUGGAGGCGUGUCGCGUGUUUGCCAAUCUGACACGACAAAAGGUGGUCAGGGACUUCCUGGCCGAACAGAAAAUUGACAGAAUGCUGGUGACUAUGCUGGACUCGGGAAACAGGGAGGUGGUCUACAUUUCUUGUGGAGUUCUGAUUAACUUCAUGGUGGAUGAAGAAAAUAGGCCCAUGUUGAAACAGGAGCAUGGCAUCAGAAAACUGAUCGAGGUACUAAGAGACUUCAGUCGGACUGACUGGGAGCUGGCCAGUCUGGUGUGCCAGAUUCUAUGGAAUUACAGCGGCAAAAUCACAAGCUCUAACGACUGCUUCGGUCAGCAGGAGUCGCAGGACCUGACAGAGCUGCUUACUGAGCUACUGGAUCGAGACUCUGCAUUGGAUCUAUCUUUCAAGGAUGAGGCUGAUGAUGAAAUGACAGACUAUUUUGAAGAAACCUGGACAGAGCAGUUUUGUCCAGUGGCAGAGCAGCUGUUACAGAGAAUAGAGACACACCAGUCUGACCUUGAACCUUUAGAUAACCCCAGUGGCUCAUAGUGGCGACCUUGACCUAGGAUUUUUAAAUUUAUAUUUGAAACACAAAAUUCACUUUUUUAAUUAUUUGCAUAUUCAUCUAUAUUAUCAAAAUCCUCUCAGUUUGCCUACAAAUAUUUGUGAUGAAAUUUAUUUGGGAUGAAAUUUUUAGAAUGUGUUACUAAAAUGCAGUCAUUUUUCUGUAUAGACACAUAACCACCUAAGAAAGUGAUUGAUCAUUACUCAUGAUGCAGUAUGAUUUAAUUCAUGAACCACUACAAGUAUUAUCUUGAACUUAAAUGUAUCCAAACAAAUUAUUUACAUAUGUAUAUUGUACUUAACAUUCCUGGGUGAUUUUGCUUGUGAUCCUUUCCGAGUCUUUCUUUUGAUCUGUAUGUUGACUCUCUAGUCGUGGAGCUAUUGCGUACUAUUUAUUGGUGUGUAAGGAGGAAGGAUGAAAUAUAUCGGCUACCAGAUCAUUCCGUCCAUGAAUUUGCCCUGAUUUUAUGAUGACAUAAUAAAUCUACUGUGUUCACACGCCAGAACGUCCGUCCAUUUAGAGAUAUGUUAAACUACAUGUAGUUAUAUACUUGUAUAUCUAUCACGUUAAGCUCCUUACAUUGUUUAGUUCAUUUUAUUCGUAAUAACUGAUGAUUUUAUUUAUUAUUCGAGGAAAAUAGAAUAUGUUAUAUGCGUGUAUCAAAUGAUAUAUAUAUAUAUUUUACAAGAAUUUUUUCCAGGCUCAUCUUAAAUUUUAAGGAGACUAUAAAAUAUUUUCCUGUACAAAAACCUUAUUUACAGAAACACUGCAAUUUUAGGAUGCAAAAUAUUAAAACAUCAUAUUCAAGCUUUUAUUAUUUUUUUGUAACCUGUAGUUUAUUUCCAAUGAUACAUUCAAGUAAACAUGUGUCUUAUGCGUCAAUCAAUAGUACGAAACAUAACAAAAAUCGGCUGAAAUUUUUGUUUACAUUUACUAAAACACGUUGAAAUAUUGUGGACAAUCUGAAUGCAAAUAUAUUGUACUUGUAGGAAAAAGUCAAAUAGUUUUUAUCAUGUUUACGACUCUAAAAUAGAACAUGAGACAAGUAUUUUUAGAAAAAGACAGUGCAUGAUGUUUAAAUGUUAAAGAAAUAUCUAAGGUUUGAUUUCUUUCUACAAACAUCAAUCUAGAAAUGUGAUACAUUUUAAUAUUUUACUUUUGUUCUCAUUUUUGUUGUUGAAAGUAGAUUUACAUGUACAGUUGUAUAGAUUUGAGUCUCCAUAGACAAAUGACUUGAUAGAUAUUGGAACACGUUAACAUAUAUUGUAAAUAUGACGUAUAUUUAUACACAUUGAAUUAACUCCUUGAAUAUUAUGAUGAUUGUUAUAUUUGUGGGAAAAAGUAUGCUUGUUUGAAUGUUGCUUGUUGAUUAUCCCACUCAUAGGUAGUUUAUUGAAUUUAACUAUGGUAAUUGUCUGUUUUAUAAAAUUCCUGGCCUCGGGAUCAUGAAGCAAUUUCAGACUUGCGUCAAAAUUUCAGUCGGUUUUAAGAUGAUUUCUUAUCAUAGUUUAUAAGACACCUUUCAUAGCAUUUUAAUUUAGUCAGUGUUUUCAAUCAAGAGAUAUUGAGGCAGUGUACAAUUUUUGACUUAAGUCUCAUAUUGCUUCAUGAUCCUUCAUUUUGUUUCUAUAUUUAAAAGUUUGUUUGAAAAUAAGGAACGUUUUGUAUAAUUUUUCUGUCUCCCUUUUUCGGAUCUCAUUCAAGAAGUUGAGAAAUGUCAAUUGUGUCGAGUGACUGUGGUACUAUGUGGUACUAUCUGUGGUACUAUGUGGUUCUAUCUGUGGUACUAUUUGGUUCUAUGUGUGGUACUAUGUUACUGCUUGAUCUGUAUAAAACCUGUCAGUAUUGGUCUACUUACAUGUAACUACAUGCUAGCCAAUAAAACAACACAUACGUGA